GAAACAAACACGUGACUCCCUCUGAUCUUUUUGCUUACUCUCUUUGUCGGAGACUUUCAUUAGGCGACCGGAAUCCUAGAAAAUGGAGCAGUUUUACACUCCGAGGCCGGAGUUUUUGGUGGUGGGAUUAUUGUUGUUCUCCGUUUCGGUUCAUGCUCAGAUUUCGAUUCCGUCGAAGCAGGAUGGGUUCUGGUACAAGGAUAGAGCAGCCGGGAUUGAUUCCAUACUGAUCGAGGCGUUCCUGGACCCGGUCUGCCCCGACAGCCGAGACGCGUGGCCUCCGCUCAAGCAGGCCUUCGAAUUCUACGGCUCUCGCGUCUCUCUAGUCGUUUACCCCUUCGCUUUGCCUUACCACGACAAUGCGUUUCUUUGUUCCCGAGCUUUGCAUAUUGUCAAUAAAUUCAAUAGUUCUUCCCCAUACAAGUUACUGGAGUCUUUCUUUGGAAGCCAGGAGGAGUUUUAUAACCAAAAAACUUUCAACUUGUCCAGAGCAUCGGUUGUAGCUUACGUUGCCAAGUUUGCAGCUAACGCAGUUGGAAAUACGUUAUAUGAUGAAAUUAAAGCUGGAUUUAGCGACUCCACAACUGAUCAAGCAACAAGAUAUUCCUUCAAGUAUGGUUGUCUGAAAGGGGUUUACGGUACACCAUUCUUCUUUGUGAAUGGCUAUCCAUUGCCCGAUGCUGGCUCAGCCUUGUCGUAUAAAGAUUGGAGAGGCUUCAUUGAUCCACUGGUCGCUGAAGCAGAGGCGAGCAGGGUGGAGCCUUCACAUUACUUACUAUGAACCAUUGUGCUCUGUAUCACAGUGUCUAUCCUUAUGACUAAAGGACAUAUGUAAUCUGCAUCAUCUCAUGCACCUGUCUGUUUUGAGGACUAAAGGAGUCUUGUAAACUGCAUGAAUGCCAAACUGGGCAGAAUAAAAAGGUUGCUUGAAGGAA